AAUCAACUUUCAGAUCCCUAAGGCAAACGAUGAAAUAAAUGGAAAUAAACUUGGUAAAUUUUCUGAGCUUGACAGAAAUUUGCAAUAGCAUCUACCCAAUCAUUGCGAUCACGACGUGCAACCCUUCAAGCUGGAGUCCAAAUAUCCAAGAGAAUUUCUUAUAGGGAAAGACUACAAAUUGUGGCUAAUUCCACCAUUUGGAAAGGAGUAUUUGUCGUCGACAAUCAACAUAAGAAAAGGCAACCAAGGAGGAUACGACGAAUAAUAAAAAACAAUGAAAGAAGAGAAGAUUAGAAGCAGAACAGAAGCAGCAAAAGACGAAGACGUAGCAAUAACAGCAACAGUAAAAUCACAAAUCAACAACUACCACUCCCCCGCCAACAGCAUUAUAAUUAUACUAAAACCAACUCAUAGAAAGGCAGCAAGUCGUUACCAUAACAAACAACAGCUGGAAGCACAACAAGCAGUGCCCCACCAAUACCAUACCAACAACAACUAUUGCAAAAGAGAGCACUACUGCAGCUUCACCAUCAUCGAUACCAAACUUGAGCAGGAGCAACAUCACCAUCACUAUCAUUAAAUAUUCCUUUUAACGUAAACUGCUGCUUGCUGUGGUUAACUUUUUCUUUAACGUUUCCCCAUAAAACCAUAGAACGAAAGCAAAUACGCAAAAACAAAGUUUUAACAAAAAUUCCAUAAACUACAAAACAUCAGCCUGAGACUUUUGAAACAGUUGAAGAAAAAGGAAGUUAUUGCUAAACUAUCACAUUAACAUUAACAACAUACAAAUUUGUGAUAAGCUUGAAGGAUAAUGGAUUUGGAGAAACUAUUUCACGAUUUAGAAUCAAAUCAAAACUAUGAAAGUGAAGAAGCUAAGAAAAAGCUUGUGGAGUACUUUGCCCAGAUAAAAGACCAAUGGCUGGUUCAUAGUUUGAUGGAAUAUUAUUUGAAGACUGGUUCCGUCCGCAUUGUUGAUGUGUUGAUUAGAGCUCAAGGGCCGCACGAUGGUUAUAUUUUUGAUCGUUUGGCUGAUUGGCUAAAGACUCCAUCACAACGGAUAAAUGCUUUGAAUUUAUUCUGUUUUGUUGUACGUCGUCAUCCGACCUGGUUAUUUAAGGUGGAGAAGCAUCGUUUGAUUAAAGACAUGCUACAUUGGUUAAAGCAGUUAGAGAUUGAAAAGGAAAUUGUACCUCUGAUGAGUGCUCUCUUGGCCAUUAUUACUUUGCUACCGAUUAUACCCAAUCUAGUUCCGAAUUUCCUAAAUGACUUAUUUGCCGUUUUUGCACAUUUGGCCUCGUGGAAUAGUCAACAUCCUAGUCGUUUGUCGGAAGAUAAAUUGGUUCAUCUCCAGCUGGGAUUGCAAAUGUUGUUUCAUCGUUUGUAUGGCAUGUUCCCGUGUAACUUUAUGGCCUUCCUGGCGGAUUUCAUACGCAAGGAGAAGGGUGCUAUAUUCCAGCAUACGAUUAAGCCACUGUUGGAAACGGUGCGUUUGCAUCCGAUGUUGGUAACGGCCACCGUGGAAACAGAGACAAACAGCGAAAGAUGGAAGGAAAUUCAGCCACAUGAUGUUGUAGUCGAAUGCAUGCGGUUGUCAUUGCCUAUGAAAUAUCAUGAUAUCAGCACAUCGGUGGCCUCAUCAUUAUCAUCGACGUCGACAGCGAUGGCGACUAGCUAUACCAGCAGAAUUACAAGUACAUUUCAACAGUUAACCACUGCUGCAACAGCAACAUCUACCUCAGCAAUGAUCAACUAUCAGACGUUGAAGGAUAAGCCGCUUUACACAAAGCUGAGCGCCAGUGGCGGAGGUGUAAAUAGUUCUGGUAUAUGGAGUCCUUCUUAUGAAUUUAUCAAUUCCACACACACACCGAUGACGCCAACGCCGUAUAUGAUGCCUUCGGCUUUAAAUCAAGGAUCUUUGGGCGUCAGUGGAUGUUCACCGCCGGAGGCUGCAGUUGAGGCAACCCCGGAGACCACACCGCUGAAGGACAAUAGGGAACUAAAACGUCCUUCCAUUGGUGGGGUGGCCGGUGUGGCCAACCCGCUGGCAGUAAGGGCAAUAUUCGCCAAUAGUCAACCAUCUUCCCCUCAUCGAGGCAAAGACUCAUCAUCACAACACUACCAACUGCCGCAAACACAACACUUUCAUUUCCCCGAUGUCUCCUUGGGGGCGACGGCGGCUGCGGCGACCACAACCACCACCACCACAUUUGUCGAACAAGAACUCAAUGCUAGGAUUAUAUCACGAAUGACCACCACGUGUGACCGCAAGAUACAGCAGGUGUUGCUGGAUCGCAAUCAAUCACAAAGUCCCUUUCAGCCAAUAGAAGCCCAGUCGGCGAAAAUGGGCUUUCAAACACCUACCGACUAUUGUCGCACGCCAGAUGUGGAGACGGGCAGUACCAGUGGAACCAGUGGCCGAUACUAUCAAUCGAAUUCGAUAACUCCCCUGUCUGCCCUUACAGCAACUCCCACAUCCGGAUCGACGCCCUUGCCGGUGGCGACAACAACCGCAGACAUCCCCAUAACCAAAGUAUGUGAUGAAUGUAAUGAAACUGAUCAAACCCUCUGUACCGAAGGUGGCCUUCAAAUGCCCACUAGUCGUUCGAUGCAUCUGCUGGCCAAAGGCAUUAAAAGACGCAAUCGCAUGACUAGUUAUUGUUACAAUGAAAAAAGUUGUGAGAAAAUUGGUGUCAAUGGCAAUAAUGGUUCCGCUGACAAGACGCUUCACAAAGUUCGUAGAACUAAAUCCCUCUCUUCUCUCAAUGUUGUCUCUUCGAGAGCUUCCCAGCAAAGUUCCGGCGAUCUAUCCGAUACAAACGAUGAUGAUUUUGCCCCCGCUUCCAUAGCUGUGCUGACCAACAGCAGUAGUGUAGUAAGGCCUUUGCAAAAGUGUCCCAAAAUGAUUUCCAUAGCCUCGGUCCUGAAGACUAACACACAAGACAAGUGUGUACAAACUCUUGAGGCAGUGCCUUUGCAGAAUCAUGAAAACUCAUUGCUGCAAAUGUUAAUGGAGAACAAUCAACUGCGCACAGCGAAUGAGGCUUCACGACAUACACCAAACGAAAUUUUAGAUCAAUUCAUAUUGCGUGGUCUCCACAGCAGCACCUGCAGCCUAGACAAUAUCUUCGAUAAGGAACAAUUUCAGUUGUUGAACCUACAAUUGCAAUACGAGCGCUACCGCCGUGAGAUACACGCAGAACGCAAUCGCCGUCUCAUGGGCAGAUCGCGUGACAAGAGAAGCCUUGAAAUGGAACGCGAGCGUUUGAAGGAGCAGCUGAAAGAUUUCGAAAUGAAAAACAAAGAGUUAAGUUUGCAACUGGACAAGACCAAGAAAGCCACCAACGAACGAGAGCGUGAAUAUCAAGACGAAUUGUCUGCCCUCAAGACCAAAUAUCAAAAUGAGCUGGAACAAAAUCGAUGCUUGCGUCAAGCCAAUGAGAAUUUGCAGACCAAGCUGACGGAGGAUGUAUCGCAAAGAAAAGAUAUCAACUAUGAAGUGGAGGCCUUAAGGGGUCAAGUUUUCAGUUUGACUACGGAACUGCAGCAUGCUCAGCAACAAGCCGAUGUGGGCAUGCAGUGUCGACAGGAGUUGGCUCGUUUAGAGGCCGAUUUCAUAGUAAUGGGCGAAGUACAAAUCAAGUGUCGCGACAAAUUGACCGAAAUCGAUAAUUACAAGGCCCGCGAUGAAGAACUGCACGUUUUGCAAGAGGCCUACAAUAUCGAGCUGAAAGAUCUAAAACAUAGUUUGGAUGAUAAAACUUCACAGUUGGAUAGUGCACGCCAUAAAAUACAGGAACUACACUCACAGUUGUUGAACAAUGAAAAGGUUAUAACGGAACAAAAGCGUCUACUGCGGGCCGUCAAAGAUGAGUACGAGGAAAAGUUUAAGGCCUUGAACAAAAAAUACGAAGUCCAAAAAACCAUCAUAGCGCAGAUGGAAGAAAAGUUUAUGAUGUCUUUGCACAAACCUUUAACAAAUGCACCUGCACAGACUUGUUCGCCGGAUACGGAUAAAACAGAUAUUGCCUCCUCCGUUGAACGCAAUUCACCUUUGUCCACUUCAUUGGCUUCCAGUGAAAGUUUAUCGACCAGUUUGAGAUCUUCAGAAUUGAGAAAUCUUCAGCAACUGGUUGAACAUCCGAUUCCCGAAGUGACAAGUAGUAGCAUUAAUGUUCCUUCAGGCACUACAGGCGCUGGUAUUAGUAUCGUUGAUGGUCAACGUUUACCACCUCAAACAUUGGAUUUGGCUUCGUCGGCAAAUACGGCAACAAGUUUGCUAACAGACCCCAAGGAACUUGGUUCACCUGAAAUGCUGGGGUCCACAACGAUGACGCACAUGCAUCCACAUUCACAUCUGCAGCCGGCACAACAUCAGCAACCCACGACUUCGAAAAUGCUACAUCAACAUCAGCAUAUGCCGGUGACGAGAACAACGCCAACGACUUCUUCGACAAUGGAACAAACGCAGCAUCGUUGAGCACACACACACACACGUAUACACAACCUGAGCAGCUGUUAGAGUGUGUGUUUCUUCAAUUUUAAUUGUCAACUUUUGUUUUUGUUUUUGUUUUUUUUUUAACACAACCAACCAACCAUUAUUGCAACAAAACAGCAAUGCUGCCCGAACCAAACACAACAAACACACACACAUAAGUUUUGUAAUAAACAACCGUCACGGAAAUUGUUUACGAACCUUCUUAUAUACAUAUACUACGAUAAACAACAAACAUACAUACAAACUUACAAACAUAUAAAUAUCUAUAUACAUAUAUACAAAUCACAACGAUAGGGGCCGGCGAUGCCAUCUCGCCGCCACCAUCGAAAAAUUUUAUCAAAAUCCAUUUUAUACUAAAACUACGAAAAAGAAACUAACCAAUCAGAAGGAAAACGGAACGAGAAAAACAAUAAUUCACGGAUUUUAAUUCAAAACAUGUAUCAAUGCCAAAAUGAAGACACACACAUAAAAACGAGAGAUUGAGAGUGAGAGAACGAAAACAAGCGAAUGAGCAAGCGAUUGAUCAAUCAAAUGAUUGAUUGAUUGAUCUACACCCCUAAAAAUACAACUACCACCACUCUUUGGCCUGGCUAAGCAUUAUCCAAAAACGAAAUACAACGCUUUAACUAUA